UUUGGCUUUCGGUGUAGAGAAUUGUGGGAAGAUGGCGACAGUCGUGGGUUCUUUGGAAGAGCAGGCGCUGAAGAGGAAAGAGAGACUAAAGGCGAUUAGGAAUAAGCAAUUUCAGGGGAGAGAACCCGAGGAUGGGGAGCCGGAGAGCAAGAGAGCGCUGGAGGAGGCAGAAGAGGAGAAGCACAGAGAGCUGAAGCUGAGGAACUACACCCCAGAGGACGAGGAGCUGCGACAGAGACAGGUGCCCAAGGCCAAGCCAGCCUCAGUGGAGGAGAAGGUGAAGGAGCAGCUAGAGGCAGCCAAUCCUGAACCAGUGAUUGAGGAAGUGGAUUUGGCUAACCUAGCUCCCAGGAAGCCUGACUGGGACCUUAAAAGGGAUGUGGCCAAGAAACUGGAGAAGCUGGAGAAGAGGACACAGAGAGCCAUCGCAGAGCUCAUCAGGGAGCGGCUGAAGGGCAGCGAGGAGCAGCUGGCCGCAGCAGUGGGCGCCGUCAGGGAGGGCGAGGGCGAUUCGGACUGACGGCGCCGUGCGAGGCUCCGACCAGGGCUGGCGGCGGCUCCACCAGACGUGCCCUCCUGGCGCGCGUCACCCAGGCCACGUCCGACGACCGCAGCCUCAGUGCGGCCCUGUCCUAGCAGACGACAGGCAGAAUAACGUUUUGCUGCCAGGCCAGGUUGCUUUUAAUGCCGUGCAGACUGUUGACGAGCUGGAUCUCUGUCCUGGUGCCCCCAGCUCUGUGGGAAAGACAGCAGGGGCCCGCAGCAGCAGCUGUCAGGACACUGACAGGACACUGACACCACCGCCUGGGUGUCACGUCUGUACAGUUUCACAGAAAGCAGCAUGACAGGACAGAUCCUUUCCUUUGUGUUUUUCUUUAGAAUUGGUUUUUGUUUUGUUGAGAAUUUUGGCCUGUCUCUUUGUUCUGGUCAGAAGAUGCCUGUAAUCAAGGUGUCUGGCAUGGCUUCGGUUUUUCAAAUGAAGUCAUGACGAGUUCGGGUGUCUGUAUAGUGUUUAAGAUACUAUUCUUUGUGUACAGAUCCAUCUUAAGAAUCGCUCAGGACAGGGAAAGAUUGAUACCAUGAACUCUGAGGCAGGGUGAAGCCAGAAUGUCUUUGUUCCUUCAAGACUGUUAGUGACAUUUUGUACAUGUAUUGAAUUUCAGCUCUGUAAAUUGUGAUUUAGAAGCUUGGUAAAAUAAAAGUUUCUGAUUUUCCUAUUCUGCAUUUGUCAUACGGUUCCUAGUAUGAAUGUAAGAAUUUUUCUUGUUUAAAUCCAGUGACUGCAUUUGUUUUCUGAUGUUAGAUCUUAAUAAAGUUGAUGCUGGUCACACUUUAUCAAGCUUUUUAAAACCAUGCUGUACAUCAGUCAGCACCUGCUCUGGCUUGCCGUCAUGUAACCCCCUGGUUUUGUAUACAGUAUCUAGGUAUCCAGUUUCCUGGUGGUUUCUGGUUGCUGAUGUCUGGCACAUACAGCAGGGCCUAACCACAGUGUCCUACACACUGACGUUAGUGAGCCUCUUCCAAUGAAAUGAAAAGAAAUUGCAAAGACAGUUGUUUAGGAGUUAUUUUUUACCAUAUGUAGUUAACCGAAUUUGUUUUGUAAUGAAAGUAAAAUAAAAAUAAUUUGACUUGA